AUGGAUAAAAUACCACCUCCACCUAAAUCAUUAACUUCCAAUGUAAAUAACUUGGAAAAGGCUGACGAUAAAUCACUAGGAACAUUCAAAGGUAAAGGAUCAUUUUCAUAUGGUUGCAAUAACAGACUGGAUGAAGAGCUGAUGAAAUUGAGAAGAGAAAUGGUUGGUUUGCGUCAGUUUGAUAUGUCAUUGCUAUCACAAUUGAAUGCCCUAAAACAAAGUAUUUCUGAAUACAAAAAAGCUCUCAAUAUUAUUGUAAAUGGAGAUGAUAUUGGCAAUUAUGGAGACAAUCAGUUCAACUCAUAUAGCUCAUCGCGACUGAAUAUGGAUCAAGAGAAUGAUCUUCCAGAUGAAGGAGAUGAUAUUGAUGGUGAGGAUUGUACCUCAGACGAUGAAAGGGAAGAGGAUGGUGAAGAAGAGAACAGUGAAAGGUCUUCAGAAUCAACAGUUUAA